AUGGGCCUUCUGGUACCAACCUGCGUUUGGGCCGUGUUCAGCGGUCUGGCCGCUCACUUGAAGUACAAUCGACGAGAACCGACGUUUUUCCAGUAUCUUGCUGAGUUGGCGACAUUGUCCUUGCUGGCCUUUGUUGCCUUGUUCCAUCAGUCUAGGACACUCAGCACGAGUCUAGGCCUCUGGCCUGUCUUCCUUGGGGUGCAUCUCUUUGCUUUAGCGUCAAGCAUAACAGUGUACCGACUAUUCCUCCAUCCACUGAAGGAAUAUCCCGGACCGGUACUGGCAAAGAUCACCAAGUGGUACGGCUUCUACCUGACCAGCUUUGGAAAGACGUACAUCGACUAUGUCGAACUCCACGAAAAGUACGGCGACAUUGUCCGCAUCGGCCCCAACGAGCUCUCCUUUGCGAACCCAGAGUCAUUGAAAUACGUCCACGGAGCGGCAGCGAAUAAACUGGGCAAAGGGCCGAAUUACGAUACCCGCCUGUGGGCCGACGGCAUCAGUCUCGGAGACGAGAGGGACAUUGUGGCACACAGAACUCGCCGUAAAUUCUGGGACAAAGGGCUCGCGAUCAAGGCCAUCACUUCAUACGAACCCCGGCUCGUGAGAAUCAUCAACGUUUUGAAGAGCAAGUUCGACACCUAUGCCGAAAAGGAAAUCGACGUGGGUGCAUUCAUCGACUACUUCGGAUUCGACGCCAUGGCGGACCUGGCCUUCAACGAGACCUUCUCAUUCCUCGAGAACGAGAGCUCCGGCGAGCUGGCCGACCUGGUCCGGAAGGGCCUCAAGAUGACGGAGCUCAUCCGCAACGUCCAGUGGCUGACGCCCAUCUUCAAGUACCUGCCCAUGGAUCCCGAGGACAAGGCCCAGACGGAGCGAUUUGCCAAAACCUCAGCGGAACAGUUUGAGAAGAGGCUGGCCAUGGGGACCAAGCCCACCGAUCUCUUCACCUACCUGUUGGCUCAUGAUGAAUCUGGAAGGACUCUGGCCAAACGAGAUCUCGAGUCCGACUCUCCCGUCAUCAUCGUCGCUGGAAGUGACACGACUGCCGUCUGUCUAAGGGACCCCAACGUCCAGAAACAACUGAUCGAAGAAAUCGACAAGGCGUGGGAACAGCAUGGGGAGAACCUCGACGGUCGCAAACUAGGGCCUGAAACGAUGCCCUAUCUCAACGCCGUCAUCAACGAAUCUCUCCGCAUGGUCCCGCCAGCCCCGAAUGGCAAUCAGCGCACGACGCCCAAGGGCGGCUGCGUGGUCGACGGACACUACCUGCCAGAGAACACGCAGGUGUCGUGCCAGCCGACGUUCAUGGCGCACGACGAGCGUAGCUUCACGAUGCCGCACCUGUUUGUGCCCGAGCGCUGGAUCGACGAGAAGCGCGACCCGACCUGGAAACACGACACGCGCUCCUUCAUUCCCUUCAGCGCGGGCCAGUACAUCUGCCCCGGCAAGGCCCUGGCGUACCUGGAGAUGCGGCUGCUCCUCGCGCACGUGCUCCGGGACUUCUCGUUCGAGAUGUCCCCGGCUUUCGACCACGCGGGCUUCUGGCUCGGCCUGCGCAGCUACAUGGGCUACAUGAAGAAGCCGAUACCUCUGACGGUCCAUCGGAGGCAGCGUGGGGAGAUAUCGAACUGA